UGUUUCUAGUAGUGCGGUUUUGGUUGUAGGAGUGAAUGGUGGCUUAUGUGUUGAGAUCUAGUGAUUAGGUGAGGUGGUGAAACUUAGAAAGAAUUUUGUGGCGAAGUUAUGAAUGAUAGUCAUGAUGUAACAUGAUGUCAGUAGAAGAUUUCCUUUUUAUGAUGAAGAAAAUGUGAGAUAUGAGUGAAAUUACUUAAAAAUGUGAUGAAGUGUUAUGGUUGUGUUUCAAAUAUCAGAAAGGAGCCUGUUGUGAAAUUACCGUGACCAUGAGUGUCCGUGGUAGUUGGUAUUGUGGGUGGAUUCUGUGGAGUUGGACAGUGGCCGUGAUUUCGGCGUCCCAACGAAGCGGUAUUACAUCACGCGUCUCAGAACGGGACAGUCUUCCCCACCACGGUCGUUGUGAACCGAUCACAAUUCCGUUUUGCAUGGACAUUCAGUAUAAUGAGACAAUUAUGCCAAACCUUCUUAAUCAACAGAAACAAGAAGAUGCUGGAUUAGAAGUGCAUCAGUAUUUUCCUUUAGUGAAAGUUAAAUGUAGCCCAGAUCUUCAGUUUUUCUUGUGUUCAGUAUAUGCACCUGUAUGCACUAUAUUAGAAAAAGCAAUACCUCCUUGCAGGUCUCUUUGCAUAUCAGCCCGACAUGGAUGCGAGACACUUAUGAACAAUUUUGGAUUCCUGUGGCCAGAAGAAUUAGACUGUGAGAAGUUUCCUGAAACUGGCACUGAUAUAUGCGUAGGAGAAAACAACACAGCGAGCACGAAUGGCCCAGGUGGAGGGAGCCGUGCAGGAGGGCCAAUCUCUCACGGAGACAAUUACCCUCUUCAACCCAACUUUGAAUCGAAAUUUCCAAAAAUUCCAGAUGGCGCUAGAGACUAUGGUUUUGUUUGUCCGGUUCAUUUCAAGGUUCCUAAGGAUAUGAAUUAUUCCUUGAAAGUGGGUGACAAAGUGGAGAAGAAUUGUGGUGCACCUUGUCAUGGAAUGUUUUUUAGUGAUGAUGAGCAACAUUUUGCACGUGUUUGGGUAGGAGUAUGGUCUGUGUUAUGUGCGGCCUCUUGCCUUUUCACAGUCUUAACGUUUCUCAUAGAUAGAGACCGCUUUCGAUAUCCAGAACGACCAAUUAUAUUUUUGUCCCUUUGCUAUCUCAUGGUGGCACUGACUUACGUGGUGGGUUUUGGUGCUGGGGAUUCAAUAUCAUGUCAUGAUCCGUUUCCACCUCCGUUGGAAUUGCAGCAUUUGCAGAUGGUGUCAAUAAUCACACAAGGAACAAAACACCAGUGGUGCACUCUUCUCUUCAUGGUACUCUACUUCUUCAGCAUGGCAUCCUCUAUCUGGUGGGUGGUGCUGACACUUACAUGGUUUUUGGCUGCUGGGCUCAAGUGGGGACAUGAAGCCAUUGAAGCAAAUUCCCAGUAUUUCCAUAUGGCAGCCUGGGCAGUGCCUGCCAUCAAAACCAUCACAAUACUUGCCAUGGGAAAAGUUGAAGGU